UUUGGUGUGUGUGCUGUCACAGGCAGCUAAGGGUGAGCUCGAGUGCUCUGUUUCCACGAGGGAGAGAAGGGCAGCUGCUGAAAGUACAAGCUGGCAGGAUCAUGACAGACCCACGUAGCAGAAAGGAAGCAUUAAAAAAAUGCCGGAGUGCUACAUUCAGUAUUGAUGGCUAUAGCUUUACAAUUGUUGCAAAUGAGACAGGUGACAAACAUCCACGACCACUUUUACAAUUUGCCCGGUCUAAAUCACAAAACUGCUUGUGGAGCACCAUUAUCGGUGGGCUGACUGGCAACCUCAAGGAAAGGCGAAAGCUGGCCAUUAUCAAUGACCCUAGACCUCCUGAAGAAAUUUUAGCAGAUGAACUACCACCAGUGGACAGUCCUGAGGCACUGGUGAAAACAUCUUUCAGAUUGCGGUCUUUGGUAAAGCAAUUAGAGAGAGGCGAAGCUUCAGUUGUGGAUCUAAAGAAGAAUUUGGAAUAUGCAGCGACUGUUCUUGAGUCAGUAUACAUUGAUGAAACUAGGCGCUUACUGGACACGGAAGAUGAGCUCAGUGAUAUCCAGUCUGACUCUGUGCCCUCAGAGGUCCGUGACUGGUUGGCUUCUACCUUCACACGGCAAAUGGGGAUGAUGCUCAGAAGGACUGAGGAAAAACCCCGGUUCAGGAGUAUCGUCCAUGCAGUGCAAGCUGGGAUAUUUGUGGAAAGAAUGUACAGGCGUACUUCAAAUAUGGUCGGCUUGAGCUACCCACCAGCUGUAAUUGGAGUGCUAAAGAAUGUAGACAAGUGGUCCUUUGAUGUAUUUGCACUAAAUGAUGCCAGUGGGGAUCAUGCACUGAAAUUCAUUUUCUAUGAACUUCUCACACGCUACGAUCUGAUCAACCGUUUCAAGAUUCCCAUUUCUGCCUUGGUGUCUUUUGUGGAAGCUCUGGAGGUUGGCUACAGUAAACACAAAAAUCCGUAUCACAACCUAAUGCAUGCUGCAGAUGUCACACAAACAGUCCAUCACCUCCUUUUCAAGACAGGCAUGGUGAAGGAUCAUCUGACUGAUGGUCGACAUCUUGGUCAUCAUUCGAAGGAUCAUUCGGCUGAUGAUCUUCAUUUGUCUGGUCAUCAUUUGGAGGUUGUCUGUUGGUCCCAUUCUGCUUCUGGUGCCGCAGGUCAGGGCGAACGCGUCUUGCAGCACUGGCUGACAGAGCUGGAGAUCUUCGCUAUGAUUUUUGCAGCUGCAGUACAUGACUAUGAGCACACUGGAACCACCAACAAUUUUCACAUCCAGACACGGUCAGACUCAGCCAUUCUAUAUAAUGACCGGUCUGUGCUUGAAAAUCACCAUGUUAGUGCGGCGUAUCGUCUUUUGCAAGAUGAUGAAGAGAUGAAUAUUUUAUGUAAUCUCUCAAAGGAUGAUUGGAGGGAAUUGAGAGCUCUAGUGAUUGAGAUGGUGUUGGCCACCGACAUGUCCUGUCACUUCCAGCAAAUCAAAGCUAUGAAGAAUGCUUUGCAGCAACCAGAAGGAAUUGACAAGCCGAAAGCCUUAUCACUGUUAUUACAUACAGCAGAUAUCAGUCAUCCAGCCAAGGCCUGGGAUCUCCAUCAUCGCUGGACCAUGUCUCUGCUAGAGGAGUUCUUCAGACAGGGUGACAAAGAAGCAGAACUAGGGCUGCCCUUCUCUCCUCUGUGUGAUCGGAAAUCUACUAUGGUUGCUCAAUCUCAAAUAGGUUUCAUUGAUUUCAUUGUGGAACCCACCUUUACUGUGUUGACCGACAUGACAGAGAAAAUUGUGACUCCGCUAAUUGAUGAAGCUUCCCACUCUGGCAUGUCUGGAUUUAGGCGUUCCAGUCUGAAUAGCAUUAGUCCCUCCGAAGUUAAAAGAUCAAGUGUCAAGAGCACUGGAUCCGAAGGAAGUGCCUCACUCAACUGCUCCAUACUCACUGUAGACUUCAAAUGUUUUAAAACCACCUGGACUGAGGUGGUGCAGCAGAACAGGGAGAAAUGGAAGAUGCAAGCCACCAAAGAAGAUAAAGCUAAGAAAGAAGCAGAGGAAAAUGCUUAUCAGGGAACAGAUGAAAAGGAAAGAGACAAACAGGAUGGGAAGCCAGGUGAAGAUGUCAAAGAAGCAAAGAUAGAAAAGAAAAAAGAUCCAAAUCCUGGGGAAAGCGAAAGUGCAGAUUCUGGUGAAUUAAAGGAAGACAAUAAAUUGGACAGAAAAGAUAAAUUUAGUGUGGGGGAUGAAUCAAAGAAAACAGAUGAUACAGAAGAGUAAAAAGAUACUUAAAAAGGACUGCAAAUCUCUUUCAUCAUUUUAUCUGACCUUCUUCAUUCCUGUUGUCCUACUCCUGCAAAGACCAUUUUCUGGGAAAGGCAUUAAACAACUUCUGAAACAGUCCUCCUCUCACUGGCUACUUCACAGCUAACCACUCUGGGUUGAAGGGUGGGGGCCUUAUGUUUUUGGUUAAUUGUGUUUGUUUGUCCAUGUACAUAUGUUUUUUUAUUGUUGGUGUUUUGGAAAGUUUUUUUGUUAAAAGGUCAAAUUGUGAUUUCAUGAUGCAAAUGGUUCCAUUUGUCUGGACAGGUCAAGCUAAUAGAAGAAAGUAUUCUUCAAAAGCUGGUUUUGCCCUUUGGUAUGCCUCAGCUUGUGAAACCUACGCUAGGAUGAUGGAAAAGGAUAUAAAAGAAAAAAAAAACAAAAACAAAAAUUCUUUGAUCAUAAUUUACUUUCCUUCUUUCUUUUCACUGCAAGCAUUUUCCAAUUACUAAUAGACAGAUUUUGGUAUCAGUUUUACCCCUGCUGUAGAAGAUUUUAUUAAUAAGCAUGGUGAAAUUGUAGAGCCAUUUGACUAUUUCUUAGGAUUUGAUAUCUUUCACAGAUAACACAAUGACAGAAAAAUGUUUUUCUUUCGAAACAGCAGUCAGACUCACUCAACCCUUGAUUUUGUUCUUUUUUUUUGCAGUUAGGAAAGGAAUAACCAAUGAAAGCAAUAUUAUCUUGGGGCAAAUUUUGUUGUCAGGCUCUGAGAACAUGGAUUAAUGUAUUGCGUGAUGUGCCUGCUUAACCUGAUACUGCAGAAAAUUAUCUGUUUCCCACAUUUUUUCAUGGGCCACAAGUAAAAGCUGUUUGUCUGACCUGAAUAUUUAGGAGAAGAGGGGCAUCAGGGAAUCACAUGGAUCAAUUCUAACUUUCAUCUCAGUUUGAUCUUUCAUCACUGACUAAAUGGGCAGGCCAAAGAAAAGGAAAAGCAUAUUGGAUAAGUAUGGACAGAAAAAACCAAAAUAAGAAUGUAUGAGGAACAUCAAGCACAUAUGUGUUUCUGUCUUGGGAUCUUAAUAGGAAUCCAGCUAAUUGUAAGCAAUUUUGCCUGUUUAUGUGGAAGUCAAGAUAUGUGCAUAUAUAUACAACUAUUUUUGCUGAACAGCUUGCUGUUCAGGAUGAGGUCUUGCUGUGUUACUCAUAUGUUUUAAAGAAUCAUACUCCUGUCAUGGAUCUUUUCUAUGUAGAGAACAUGCAAAAUAUUGGCUUAGGAAGGUAAAUCUUUAGUAUUUCCUUUUCAUGUUCAAAAGCACACAACUUUACAACUGAUUUUGGGUCUCCAUUCCUACUUAAACUCUGCCUAUAUAGGGAGGAGCAUCUUGUGGCACUACCAAAAAUUACAACAGUAAACUCAGACUAAAUCCAUUUUAAAAGUGAACACAUUCUUAAUUAAGAGUGUUUAGUAUCUGGAAUUUUCAUUAUUGAGGCUAGAGAUAUUUUAAGGGUUGUUUUUGUCCUCCAGUUUGAAUUCGUUCAAAGCCAGAGAUUUAGAUUAUGUUCAUGAAGUGAAAAGAUGUCAAUUCAAUCACGUGUUUUUAGGAAGAAGUACAAAAAUAAUUCUUGAAGUUUUCAGAACUCUCAAUUGGCUUCACUGGACCAGCUCAUUUAAAUUAAAUAUAGGGGACAUAGUGUUCCCAUUUGUGAGUUUGUGGUUCAAUAGUAGCUCUGAUGUAAAUUUCUGAGGAAAGUGAAGUGCUGGGAGGACAGUGGCUCCACCAUCAGCACUGAGCACAUUCCAUGUUGUGACAGGCUGUGUCACUGCUUAGCAUUUUUUGACUCCUCUUUCCCCUCCUCCAUCAGCAUUCAGCCCCAAUAAGAGUAGUAGAAUAUGAAUUCCAGCCCUGAGCAGGUUCUUUGAAGGCACACUGACAAAAUAACUAUAAUGCUGAGCUAAGUACCACUGUGGUGACAGUCUGUGCUUAGUUAGAUUUCUCCCUGCAGUCAGGGAAAAUAUACUCUAACAGUGUUUGGUCAGAGGUGCACAGUGAUUUAGUCAAUAUUUUUAAAGUUACUCUUACCUUUUACAGUGACUAAAGAUGCCUUAGUUUAUGCACACUAGAAAAAUAACAUUUUUUAAGAAAACUAUACAUUUUUCUUCACCUGUUUAUGAUAUAUAUUUUCUUUCUUUC